GAAUACAUAUAUUUACAACCGAUAAUCCAUACGUUUAAAAAGUUAAUAGCUGGAUAUGCAACAUGAUUGAAAUUUCAAGAAUUCGACAAAGAACAAAAUAAAAGCUGUAGGCGACGUUUUGUGCCGAAUAUAGGCUAAUUGCAUACAUACGGGAUUGAUGUUUUUAGAACUGUACCAACAGUGCGGGGAGAACUCGGCGAGAUCGGUCUUUCAGGUCUGCGAGAAUGACUAAGCAUAUUUAUCGGGAAAACGCAAAAGACAGGGGAAUCCGGGCGUUUUCGAGACUAUUCCGUUCUCGGGCGUGAAAAACCACCGGCUCGGGGAUAGCUAUGGAUGGAAAGAGAUCGAUCAAAAUGGAUCCGCUCUCACCUGGCCCAUGUCUAGACAUUAGCGACGACGAGCUCGUUACGAUAUCGGUGCGGGACUUGAACAGGCAGUUGAAGCUACGCGGGCUGUCCCGAGAGGAGAUCGUACGUAUGAAGCAACGGAGACGCACCCUGAAGAACAGGGGCUAUGCAGCCAGCUGUCGCAUAAAGCGCAUCGAGCAGAAGGACGAAUUGGAGUCUGAGAAGACCCAGGAGUAUCGCGACAUGGAAAAUAUGCAGGAGGACAACAAUCGUAUGAGGGAAGAGAUAGAAUCCUGGCAUUCAAAGUACCAAGCGCUGAAAAAAUUUGCCCAGGAAAAGAAGAUCAUUAUUCCACCUGAUCUGGAAAACAUGUAAAAAAGUUCGGAGAUAUACCGAUUAGCUAUACAUAUAUUUAUAUAUAUUGACAAUAGGAUGGUUUGGUGAAUGUUUUAACGUUGCAAUUGUGUUCUACAAAUUCUCCUUCUACUUUGUAGAGUUGUAGAAAAGACUUUAUUUUGUACAUAUAACUUAGAAUUCAAAUUAUCCUCUAGGUAUUUUAAAUUAUACAAAUAUCGUACCUACUACCACAAUACUAUAUAAAAUAGUUCUCUGAUUUAGCAUGUAAGAAUAUAUAGGAAAUAUUGUAAGAGAGCAUCGAGCUAUGGGACAAUGGGUGGAGAAUAUGGCAGUUCCAUUGAUUUUUCAUGCAUCUUCAUUUUCAGUACAUAAUAAAUGUAUUAAUCUGCUAA